GAGAACAAGAGGUUGGACGUCGAGAAGUGUCAGGACAAGGUCCACAAGCUUCACAGAAAAAUGCCCAGGACGCCCAAGGAAGAUGCCCAGCUGUCAAAAGCCGAGGACGAUCUGUCCAAUCUGAACGAGGAGUUCGAAAUCGCCGAUUCUCAUCUGCGAGAGACUUUGCCCCCCAUCAUCCAGGCCACCUUCAGUCUCAUCCCGCCUCUACUCGCAACACAUAUCCGUAUCCAAAACCAGCUGCUGGGUCUGUACUAUACAAUUUUGCACGGAUACUGCGAGGAGAAUGGUUUCCAGUCUCCAUCGCCUCCGAUGGACCAGGUCAUCGAGUGCUGGAAUGACGCUUUCCAGCCAGCCAAAAAGGAGGCCGAGGCGAUACCCAUGAUUGCACGGGGAAGGGGGAUCAGAGAACCUCUGAAACUCAACAACGACGACAAUGCUCCGGGGGGCCGAAAGCUCUCUGCUCCAGCUCCCUCCUUCGACGGCAUGCGCCGCACGUCUACCGGUUUAAUUCCAGGGUCCGGUGGACCAAGGCGGAUCCCUUCUAAUACAUCAUUGCGGUCGAACCCGUCGCCACAACCGAGCCCGAACAUCGGUCCGAGACCAGACAUGAAAAGCCCUGGCUAUGGUGGUCACCUGAGACCUACCGACUUCACCACAGCCAGCGACCUGGGCAAGUCACCGGGUCGGGUCUCCCCCCAACAAUUGCGGCAGUCUUCAUCGGAAGGUUACUUUGCCAAUCGCAUUCCGCCAUCCCCUGCGGCAACGGUCGCGUCGACUUUCUCGCAGGGCAGUAACAAUGCGGUGGCAGCCAAAAAGAAACCGCCCCCGCCCCCUCCGAAGCGGAUACCCAGUGGCAGGCUCGAGGAGUUCGUGAUUGCGCAGUACGAUUUCGCGGGCCAGGGCGCGGGCGACCUUUCUUUCCGCGAGGGAGAUCGGAUCAAGAUCGUGAAGAAGACGGACACAGACCAGGAUUGGUGGACGGGCGAGCUGAGAGGAGCGAAGGGGAGCUUUCCUGCGAACUACUGCAAGCCCGCCUAGCGCGCGUGCACCACUCUCUGAGGGACACACGAGGAUACCGAUGUCUAGCACAGAAGAAGGCUGGUAGUGCAGGGUAGGGAGGCGGCCGUGAACGAUUAUACUUAGACGCCAAAAAAGGAACAUUCACAGUCUCACGCCUUAGUUUAUACAGACGCUUCAGAAGUUUACCAACAG